AUGGUGGAGCAGGACUCUCGCAGCAGCUUGCGACACAUCCUCGCCGACGAGCCCGUCGAACAAAGUCCACGACCAGCACCGCCAGCAACUCCAGCAUCCGCGCCAGCAAUACGAGCCGCAUCAGCUACAGGCGACCAUGAGGGUUCUCCAGCACCCAAAGGCGACAAGGAUGAUAGGGACGACGAGCACGAGGCAGAGACUCCACUGUACACAUCGACGACACAGACAACACGGCGCAAUGCAAAUGGCAGCGUGUCAUCAGUCUACUCAGGAAACAAGAUCCGCCAUCUGAAGAAGGAGGACGGCGUGCCGCUAUGGCGCAAAGACAUACAAUAUGACUUUCUCGACAUGGUCUUCAAAGACGAGCAUCGCGUCUUUACUCGCUACUCGGACAAUGAGAAGGGCCACACGUUCGCCGAAGUCUACGUUGAUGCCAUGGCAAAGAGCAGCAAGUGCAGCAAAAUCCUCAAGGAGAAGCUCAAGGAGGACUUCGACUCGGCCAUCACCAUGGCCAUGGUCUGCCUGCUUGUCAACGUCGGCCGCAUGAACACGACUCUUAACUUCUUCCCCGAGAUGCGCGCUCAGCUCCGUACCUACCACUCGAUUCCUGCCCUGCAAGCACACCAAGACCCGAAUGCCUACAAGCAACUACAAGAUGCCCCACGUCUGAAAUCCAUCCUCAAGGGCGCUACCGAGGAUACGCCACAGCCAGGAACCAUUGAAGACAUCCGCCAGGCCUCAAUACCGCGAACCAACCCUGUCAACCUGAUCUUCGUUCUAUCACAAUAUGCUCCAAAGAUAUCAGAGCUGCACUUCAAUCACCCUCGCGACUUCUUCGAUCUUGUCAUGCGACCUAGCUUGAGCAGUAAGAGCAGAGCGACGGCCUUUCUCUGGCUCAUGUGGUGGUAUCUAGAAAGCGACUUCUCCAACGAAUCUGCUCUUGCCAAUCCCUUCGGAGCUGGUUGUGAGUCGGACGGUGGUGGUCUACCCAUCAAAGUUCCUCCGCUCGAGAGUUUGACCGAAGAGCAGGCUGCCCUGGAGAACGUUGACAGCGUAGAAGAGAAGGAUUAUGGAGAACAGAAGCGCAAGGAAAGAAUAGCAAUUGUCGCAAGCGAGCCGAGUCCUGCCAUGACGGCACUCAAACGUGCGAGAAAAGGUAUGUUGUCACGGCACGACUACUGGCUAGACACUAACUUGGGAGAACAAAAAGAACGUAGUCUGUUCGCGGCGGGUCUUGGUGAUGCAAACUCGGAUGCUGGAACCAAGACCCCCAGCCGUGACUUUGACUCGCCAGCACCACACGGCGCUGGACGAGGUAACCGGACCACCAACAUACAUCACCCUUUUCUGCUGCCCAAUCCCGUUCACACAUCCCCUCCUGCCCCGUAUACCGAGCCGGAUGGCCUCUAUUCGAAUCCCCAACGUGACCACCUCUCGACAUCUCCGUACCAACUCCAGACUCGGAACCGUCCGCUGACAUCACACCAAAAAGCAGUCAGCGAUUACCGCCGUGUGCGAAUCAAUCAAAUCCUCGAUACCGGUAUCAGACGACGCCACAUAGCUGCCAAACGUCAACGCCAAGAGGAAGGUAUAUUACUGCGUGCUUGGAAACGAAUCCGCAUGUUGCCCUCCGGGUGGGACAGUGAGGAUGAA